AUGACUAUCAAUCUGACAUCGAAAGUCAGCGUCCACCUCAAACAUCCAAACGUUGUACCGCUCUAUGGCUAUCUGCAGAAUGACGCGAGCCUUCCAAAGGAUAUCGUCACGCCAUAUAUACCUGAAGGCACCCUGGAGGAUUGCUAUAGAACACAUGCGGACAUGAGUGCAGAGACGAGGAAGGGACUGAUUUUCGAUGCCGCGCUAGGCCUCGCAUAUCUUCAUGCCAACAACAUAGUUCAUUUGGAUGUCAAAGCCGCAAAUAUCCUUGUUACCAACGUUCGCGCAGGGUCCACCUUUCGUCUCCGCGCCCUUCUCUCCGAUUUUGGACUCGCCAAAGAUCCGGAGAAAGACAAGAUAACAUCUGCAUCGCUUGAUAGCGGAGGCUCUACGCGCUGGAAGGCAUGGGAGCUGGCCGCCCCCAGCGCCUUCGCAGAGAGAUUUCCCGAGAUCAAACGUUCAGAAAGGAAGCUACUCCAGAAAGCAGAUGUGUGGUCCUGGGGUAUGACGGUUUUGGAGGUAUUUAUGGGCAUGCAUCCAUAUGCGAAUAAACAAGGUGAAGAUGUGGGCGCGGAACUGAGGAACGGCACCCCGCCGUCUUAUAGUCGAGCGUUCGUAAAGAAGAAAGGAAUGGAGGAGGAGUUGAGGGUAACGAUGAAGCGCUGCUGGGCGCGAAAUGUCCUGUCACGACCAACCAUGCAGGAAGUUAUAGACGAACUCAAGAUACCGGCACCUGAUCCAGUGGAGGAAGAACACCGCGCAUCCUCGCCUCGUAGCCCGUGUCGUCAACAAACCACUGAUGGCAAACAAGUCUUAUUCUAUGCGCGGGCUAAGCGACGUUGGCAUGCAAAGUUCGGGCGCGGACUGGAUUUCAAAGCAGACGACCUGCUGCAUUUUUGUGCAGGAGAUAUCAUCGCUGUAACCAAGGACAGUCCCGAUGGGUGGCUUGUCGGGCAACGAUUCACCCGCAUGGAAGAUCCCAAACCGCUUUUCACGGCGGUGCACGUGUGCGAUGCCAAUCCGACGACAACAAAGUUACACAGAACUCAGCUCCCGUUCGUAGCCACGAUGCGAUAUAUGUACCGAUCGACGAGAAGACACAUCAAUGUACAAGAAGGGGAUACUGUACUGAUUACGGGGAAGCCUAACGGUGACGCCGAUACCGAGAAACUGACCGGUUGCCAACUCAAGCCCGAUAGCACUGGGAUAUUUCCCGCUCAUCGUGCACGCAAAAUUGUUGGUCCCCGGAAAACGUGGCUGCCUCACGGAGUGCUUUAUUAUAUGGAAGCGACCCAUGAUUUCGAGGGCGAGACGCGUCAUAUUGACGUGAAUACCGAGCUCCGCUUCAAGGUGGGCGAUAUCAUCGCAGUCACCGAUGCGCCAGCGGAAGGACCAUGGACCGGCGAGCUGAUAGGUCCAAGGCAUCCGCAACAGAGGCCAUAUGGUACUUUCGAGCGGGAUGCAGUCGAAUCGGAAUAUUUAGAUAGUUGA